AUGUGGAAUACUUGUGUCAGCUGUAUGGAACAUUGCAUCAAUAAGGAUGUCUGUGGUGUAGAUAUUGAUGGCACCAUGGGACUGACUGCACCCACAAUAUUCCAUGGCAAACCACACAUGCAUUCAACAGGUCCAGAGACAGUGAUACCCUACCUAGUUGACCAAUCAGGGAACAGCAUUUCUGCAAAUGACAAAUCCCGUUUACGUAGAUCACGAAGCAUACACCAAGAACAUUCAGAAUCUCAUAAUAAACUUUAUUUUAAAAUACAAACUAAAGACCAUAACUUCCAUUUAUCAUUGGAGAAAAACACUAAUCUUUUACAUAGAAAUUUCAAGGUGCAUCGGAGGAAGAGCUUGAAUGGACCCCUUGAAAUGCCUACAGAAAUUAAAUUCCAACAUUGUUUUUAUCAUGGAAGUGUACUUUCACAUGAGGAGUCAUCUGUUGCCAUAAAUGUAUGCAAUGGGCUGAGAGGCCAUAUUCGUACACCCUUGGGAGACUUCUUUAUUGAGCCUUCCCACAAUCACCCAAAUAUAUCCAUCCACCAAAGAAAACAACAUCAUCCACCAGAUGGCUCAAAAGAGAGCAAUUUUCCACACGAGAUACCUCAUACUUUUUAUAGGAAACCUAAUCUCCCAAUCAACUUCUCAGGGUCAAAUGUAAAUAAAGACAGCUCAAGCAUUGUUGAUACUGCAUUUAAAUAUGCAGAGUCUCUUGGAUCUCGCACAAUUCCUCAAAGCCACAAUCGUCUCAAGCGCUCAAUUGGCGUCCAAGAGAACUUCAUUGUCAAAUCUCCAACACUUAAGUUUCCUAAAAACAGCAACAAUAAAAAUGCAAUUAGAAAUAAUAAAAUAGAAAAUUAUGAAAAUAAGACCAACAGUAAUGGUCAUAGAAAGACAAACAAUGUAUCAACUGGCAAUAAUAAAACUAUUAAGCAUCACUCAGGGACAACUCCUCAUGAUAAAGAAACUAAUGAAAUUGAUCAAGGUAGAGAAUCUAAUAAUAUGGAUACAACAAGUGAUUCUCAACAAAAUUUUAGGCCGGAUGAAGUGGAUGAAGCAGCCAAUCACGGUUGGGAUGGAGCUUAUGAUAAAGAUGAUAAUGAUAUUUUAAAUGAACAUACAAAAUCUGAAAAAAUAAGUGUAACAACAGAAACCAAAGGCCAUGCCAAUAAACAUCAUCACUCAGCUGAAGGUCAUGAGGUUGGACAUACUAUGGAGAUGAUGGUUGUGCUAGAUAAAUACAUGGUAGAGUAUCAUGGCAGGGAGAAUGUUGCCAUGUAUGCACUAACAAUACUCAACAUGGUGUCUGACUUGUUCCAGGAUAACACCAUAGGCACCAAGGUGAACAUUGUCAUAGUUAGUCUGCUCAUACUGGAGGAGGAUGAGCCUGGUUUAGAGAUCUCGCAUCAUGGUCAGAACACAUUAUACAGUUUCUGUAGUUGGCAGUCUAAUAUCUUAAACAAGGAUGGCAAGGCUCAUCAUGACCAUGCCAUCUUGUUAACUAGGAAGGACAUAUGUUCAUACAGUGAGGAGCCGUGUGAUACACUGGGGUUUGCUCCUAUGAAGGGGAUGUGCAAGCGUCACCAGAGUUGUACAGUAAACGAAGAUUCAGGUUUAGGAACAGCACUCACCAUCACCCAUGAACUAGGACACAACUUUGGUAUGGUCCAUGAUGGCCAACAGAACUCUUGCAAGAAAACGCAGGGCUCUAUUAUGGCUCCAGUACUUGGGGGCAUCAAUGGACAGUUUCUCUGGUCUCCCUGUAGCAGGAUGUAUAUGCAGAACUUUUUCAAAUCAAAUCAAUCACGCUGCUUGAACAAUGUGCCCCAGGAAGUGCCCCUAGAGCUUCAGUUUCCAGAUAAACUACCCGGGGAACUGUAUGAUUCAGACCGGCAAUGUAAGUGGCAAUUCGGUGAGGAAUCCCGACUGUGUAUCUUCAGCUGGGGGAAGGAUGUCUGCACACAUCUAUGGUGUCACAGUGGAGGCUUGAAAUGUGAGACAAAGUUCCUACCAGCAGCUGAAGGGACCUCUUGUGGUCAUGCACGGUGGUGUCGGAAGGGGAAAUGUGUAAGGUUUGGCAGUGAGGGUCCUAAACCAAUAGAUGGGGACUGGUCAGAUUAUGGUGCCUACACUCCCUGUACAAGAACAUGUGGGGGAGGAAUCACAUACAAGGAAAGGAUGUGCAACCAGCCCAAACCUCAGUAUGGCGGCAAGUUCUGUGAGGGCGAGAGCAGAGAAUACAAGAUCUGUAACAUACAGGAGUGUCCAGCAGAGAGUUCAGACUUUAGAGCCUACCAGUGUGCUCAGUAUAAUAGUGAGAAGUUCCGGGGAUAUCUCUACAACUGGAAACCUUACACAGAUAUAUUUGAUGAGGAUGAUUUCUGUCGUCUAUACUGUAAAGCUGAGGGCUAUGACUUCUACUUUGCCUUGUCCAACAAGGUUGUGGAUGGUACUAGGUGUCAACAGGGGUCUUCUAAUGUAUGUGUUGAUGGCCUUUGCAUGGAGGUUGGAUGUGAUAAUGUAGUCAAGUCUAAAGCUGUUAUUGACAGGUGUGGGGUGUGUGGCGGCAAUGGAACUGAUUGUGACAUCAUCAAUGGCACAUUUACUGACCAACCCAAACAAUAUGAUUACCAUGAGAUAGUGAAGAUUCCAAAGGGGGCGAGAAGCUUAAAAAUCUCAGAAACAAAAAUCUCACCAAAUUAUCUAGCCAUAAAGAAUGAUCAUGGUGCAUAUUACCUUACUGGACAUUGGAGGGUCACCUGGCCUGGGAAGUUCAUGUUUGCAGGAGCAAAGUUUGAAUAUAAACGGCCACAUAAGCAGCCAGAAAUGAUCAAAUCACCUGGACCAAUAGAUGAACAAUUGAUUGUUGAGGUGCUGAUGCAGGGAUACAAUCCAGGGAUUUACUAUGAAUACACGAUGCCUAAAAUAAAUGCAAUGACAGUUGAUCUGCCUCAUAACUACACAUGGAGUGCUGUGACAUCACAAUGUUCUGUCACAUGUGCUGGAGGUACACAGGUCACCUCAGCCAAGUGCCUCAGAGAUUAUGCAGAUGAAAUGGAAGACAAAUUUUGUGCCAAGAAAGAUAAGCCAAUAACAGGAUUGUUCCCAUGUAAUGAACAGCCCUGCCCAGCCAGGUGGGUAACGCAGGCAUGGCAGCAAUGCAGCAGAAGUUGUGGUGGUGGGAAACAGAAGCGGAGAGUAUACUGUAUGCAGCAGGUUUCCCCUACACAAGACUUCAAGGUGAAGCCAAAGUUCUGUCAGCAGAUAAAGCCACCUAGGAAGCAGGACUGUAAUGAACAUGAGUGCCCACCCGAAUGGCAUAUUAGCCACUGGAGUCAGUGUUCAGCAAGCUGUGGUAGUGGGAAGAAAAAACGUGAUGUUGUAUGUCGUAGUGUUGGUGUGAAUGGUGUUACUUCAUUAACUGACAACAUGUGUCUCUACAUACCUAAACCUGUCACCACACAAAGCUGCUAUCUUGGAAAGUGUCCAAAGUUGCAGUGGUUACUCUCUUCAUGGAGCAAAUGUUCUACCACCUGUGGCCCAGGGGUACGAAAGAGAAAACUUAUGUGCAGUAACAUGGACAGUGGUGGGGUAGUCUCAGUGGCCACAGCGCAGUGUUACAACCUUCCUAAACCUAACAUAGCACUAGUGGAGCAGUGUACAAUCAGCAAACAGUGCUACAGAGCACGUUGGUAUGUCACGGCAUGGAAUAAAUGUUCUGUGACAUGUGGUACGGGGGUAGAAACAAGAGUUGUUAAGUGUAUGAACAAUGACCAGAACAAUGCUGUUUGUAAGGAUAGAAAGCCAGACUCCGAGAGGAAGUGUAAACCCAAACCUUGCAAAGAGCAGGGAAACAGUGUAUUAAAUACAGUUGCAGACAUUCCCUGCAGUGACUAUUACAAGUGGUGCUACCUUGUUCCAAAACACAAACUAUGCUCCCAUAAAUUCUAUGGUGCUAAGUGUUGUAGUUCAUGUUUAAAAGUGGAUGCAGAACAUACAGUAGCACACCGGCGUAGACAUGGUCAUUGACAAUACUUUCAAACAAGCAAAGAAUGCUUCCAUAAGUGAAAAAAUGAGGUAAAAUGCAACCAGCCAGGAUGUUACACAAUGCAACAGCCCCAUUGGUUAUUAUGUUAUCAAACAUAGACACCUGCAGUGCAGUGAGGGUUAUGAUAUGAUCACAACAAAUACCAGACCCAGUAAUUGUUACAAUAUCAACCUUAACAUGUAAAUCCAGCAUAAGAGCUACAUUAUAUGUUAUAUGUAUAUCUAGCAAAAGUACAAUCAUAUCUUAGGCAUUAUAAAUAAGUUUUUGCAUUGAGAACCAAGGGAUUUAGUAGACAAUGUAUCUAUAUGUGUAUAUAGAAAUGUACUGAAUCAUUGUCAUCAGUCAAUUUUGUAUUUGGUAAAAUCUCUGUACUGCAUAUUAUUAGCUCAAUAUGCAUUAAAUCAAAAUGUCCUUGAAAGUUAAAUUCAAGGAGAAUUUCUUUGAUUUGAUAUCUUGGAUGAUAUCACUGUAUCAUUUUCUAUUUAAUUGUAGUAGAAAGGAUCUCAAAGUUCAAUCGCAUUUAUAUCUAGUUUUCAUAACUGCUUUUGCAACCCAAUGUUUUACUGCAUGUGUAUUUCAAAUAGGACUUUAGAGAAAUACCAUUGUGGACAUGCACAUGUAUUUUGUCAGAUAGGCUCUGAAAAAUUGAUUAAAUGGGUAUUUCCCCAAAAAAUUCAGUUUCAGUCAGAAGGGUGCGAUUUUGGCAUAAAAAGCGAAAAAAAAGAAGAUUUAUUUUGAAUUUUACAAGAAUUGAUGCAACUUCCUUCAAACUAUCUCAUGGUUAUAUUUUUUUAUUGGUUAUGGGGAUCACACCCACGCACUUGGGUCGUGAUACCGUCUUUGAAGGGUUCAAUUUUUUAAAGGUUUUAAAAUAUUAUUCAACAGUGUAAUUGUUUGUUUAACUGUGGAUGAUAAUUCUCUAUCUGGUUCCAAAUUGAAUGGGGGGAGAGUACUAUACCAAUAAAGACAAAGUUGUAAGACAAUCUAAAUGUUGAAAUAGAGUGACACCUUUUAGAUAAUUUCCUUGGAUUCCUCAGCAAAUAAAAAACGAUUUUAGUCGAGAUUGCCUAUAUAGUGAACUAGCAUUUCACUUGUGCACUUUGAUGAAGUCCUGGCUCCCUCCCAUUGAACCCUUCAAAGACUUUAUCAUGCCCCAAGUACGUGAGUACGAGGUACGAGAAGCCAAAAGAAAGUUGAGUUUCAAGUCAAAAAGAGUGACGAUUUAUUUUGUAAAUGCAUCCUUAACAUCCAUCCCCGGGCAUGUAUCUACCUGUAAAUUGUGAUAUCAUUGUAUCCUCUCAGAUAUUCUUUUUUUAUUUAAUUUUUUUAUUUCAGAGAAGAAAAAACAUGUUAAAGCAAUUGCAAAAAAACAAUUACAAUACAGUUACAUGGAAAACAUAAAUUUUACAAUACAGAUA